CUUCCACUCAUCAAGAUGGAAAGCUCAGAUUCUAGUGAUAAAGGAAAUAUUGAUCAAUCAGAAGCACAACGUCAGAGUCAGCUAGAUCGGUUAGAUCGAGAAGAAGCUUUCUAUCAGUUUGUAAACAACCUGAGUGAAGAGGACUACAGGCUUAUGAGAGAUAACAAUUUGCUAGGAACACCAGGUGAAAUUACUGAAGAAGAGUUGCUGAGAAGGCUACACCAAGUUAAAGAAGGUCCGCCACAGCAAAACAGUGAUGAGAAUAGAGGUGCAGAGUCCGCAGAAGAUGUUUCAAAUGGAGAUUCUAUAAUAGACUGGCUUAAUUCAGUCCGACAGACUGGAAAUACAACACGAAGUGGGCAACGAGGAAACCAGUCUUGGAGAGCAGUGAGCCGGACUAACCCAAAUAGUGGAGACUUCAGAUUCAGUUUGGAAAUAAAUGUCAACCGUAAUAAUGGGAACACAAAUCCAGAAACUGAGAAUGAGCCAUCUGUAGAGCCUUCCAGUGGGGAGGAUUUGGAAAACAGCCAAAGUGACUCUGAAAUUCCAAGGUCUGAAUCGCCAUCUGUAAGGCAGCCUGGAUCAGAAAGGAGCACUUCAGAGGAGCUAACAACUGAGGAAGCUUCCCCUCCUAGAGGGCAGAGGAGAGCGAGAAGUAGGAGUCCAGAACAGCGGAGAACGCGGGCUAGGACUGAUAGAAGUAGGUCACCUAUUAAUCCAGUGAGUGAGACUCCUCGCAGGGCUCAUCACAAUACAUCAUCUCAAACACUUGACCACUCCUCAGUGAAUGAAGCUGAGGGAAGCUCUAGAACUAGGCAGCAUGUGACAUUAAGGCAGCAUACAGUGGGGACUGAGAUGCCAAGUGAAAAUGCAGUUCUGUUUUCAACCCCUGAAACAAGACCUGUUCCUCAAGCAGCAGGUUCUUCAGAAACUAACGGUACCAGUGAGUCCGCAACUCCUGGGCAGAGGCCUCCUACCAUAGUACUUGAUCUUCAGGUGAGAAGAGUUCGUCCAGGAGAAUAUCGGCAAAGAGACAGCAUAGCCAACAGAACUCGGUCCAGGUCCCAGACACCUAACAACACAGUCACUUACGAAAGUGAACGGGGAGGGUUUAGGCGCACAUUUUCACGUUCAGAACGGGCUGGAGUGAGAACUUACGUCAGUACCAUUAGGAUUCCUAUCCGUAGGAUCUUAAACACAGGCUUGAGUGAGACUACAUCAGUUGCUAUUCAGACUAUGCUAAGGCAGAUAAUGACAGGCUUCGGAGAGCUGAGUUACUUUAUGUAUAGCGAUAGUGAUGCAGAUCCUAGCGGCCCAACUCCAAAUCAGAACGUGGAUGCUUCUGAGCCACAGAACGGAGGUGGUGGUACUUCAAGCAAUGAAAGUACAGAUGUUAGCUCAGGGGAGGUGUAUGAAGGUGGUAAUGAAGGUGGUUCAACAUCUGGUGCCAGACGGGAAGGUCGGAAUACGAGGGGAUCGGUCACAUUUGAAGAAAGUGGUUCUCUACCAUUCCUUAGCCUAGCACAAUUUUUCCUACUAAAUGAAGAUGACGAUGACCAACCAAGAGGACUCACCAAAGAACAAAUUGACAACCUAGCCAUGAGGAAUUUUGGUGAGAGCGAUGCUCUGAAAACCUGUAGUGUGUGUAUUACAGAGUACACAGAAGGCAACAAGCUCCGUAAAUUGCCUUGUUCGCACGAGUAUCAUGUCCACUGCAUUGAUCGCUGGUUAUCAGAAAAUUCCACUUGUCCCAUUUGUCGCAGAGCAGUCUUAGCUUCUGGUAACAGAGAGAGUGUUGUCUAAAUGAGAUCUGAAUUUAUGGCCAAGCAGCUAGUGUGAUAGUGAUGGGCAAAGAAGUCACUUCCUUUAUGGCCACUUUUUGAGUGGUACCUCAAUGUAUAGUAAUGACUUGGAGUGAAUCUUCCCUGAUGAAAGCAUUUUCUCUGAAUUCAAGCUUUUAAAAUUGGAAAAUUUCUUUAAUUAGGGUUUUCAAGAUCUAGUCAGUUUGGGUGUGAAAUUUCACUUGUCCAAAGACAUCUACCCACUUAAAAAUAUUUUUUUCUUUGUGAAGAGUAUUAAGUUCUUUCCCCCACCCAGCCCCUGCCAUCCCAGUCCAAUAAACAUUUUGUCCUCAAGAUUGUGCUUAUGAGGAGCUUUUUGAGAAGUCAUCCCGGCUAAAUGUACAUGAGUUGUAGAGGAACUUUUGCAAGAAAUCCAACUAUCUGAAAAAAUAAUAUGAAUUUAAUUGCACACUUUUAAUUUUCAUACUGGGUUAGUAUUGGACAUGCCUGUGUAAAUAACACUAAUGUUAGCCCUUUCCCCAUCACUAUGGCACGCUGUAGGAUGAGCUGUUAGCUUAAUUGGGAUAUUUAUCUUGUUGUGGAAAUAUAAGAAUUGCCUAUGCUUGUUUAAAUAAAAAAAAAAUCUGUUUUAAAAUUGUAAAGCUUUUUUGUAGAAGCUCAGUACUUUUCCAAUGCACUGUUGUACUAACGCAUUAAGAAUUAAAAUUGUACCAUGCUUAGAAAUCAAGAAUGCUUUUCAUACAAAACCCACCACACAGAGAGCAAACUAAAUACGAGAGCUGCUUUUGUAACUGUGUACCUGUCAAGAGCAGUGCAUAUCUGUACUAUUUAUGUGAACAGCUACUGUAAUAUAAAAACAGUUGAAUUAGACAUCUUAAUUGCAUUAAAAAAUGGAAAUUAAAUGUUAUAAUUGCAGUGUUUUGGCUCAGUAAUGCCACCAAAAAAGAUGAUAAAAAUUAGAAACUGUUCUAAUGGCUGGUUAUUUCUUGGUGUGGUUGCUAAUAUGUAAUAAUACGGACCGGUAUGUACCAGUUCAUUCAGUGAAGUUUAUGCCCAAUUUUUCUUUCAACUUUUACUUUUGAUUUUUGAGGCAACUCUGUGUAACUAUUCAGCAGACAAGUAUUGACAGGUUUUUUUUUCUUCCUCACCAGCUUCAACUGUAUUAGUAACCUCUGGAUCUGUUGAGUGAACAUGCUGAUAUAUCCAGUGUUGGUAGCCUGUGACUCAAGUGCCACAGAGGAGUAACUUAAGUAUUAACUGGAAAACAGAUUAUUAGAGUGUUAGGUUAAAUUUGAAAAUUAUAAUUGAUUAUGGGAGUACACUUAAAUGUGUAGCCAAUUCUAAGAAUGACGUUAAAAAACCCCGACAAACUUUUUAUACUCCUAUUGGACAGAUUAAAAUGAGUUGAACUUACUUUUAAAAUUAUGUGCGUGGCAUAUUGAAAUUGAGAAUUGGAGAAUGUACCUCAACUCUCAUCAGUGUCAGGGGAAAACAUCCCUCCCCCGCAGUGACCUGUCCUUUGUUUUAUUCUCUAAUGAUUUUUUUUUUUUUUGCCCCCUAGCUUACAUGUGCAACAGAGAAAGCAAUAUUUAUUUCAGCUCCAGGGCAGUAGUUAUGAAGGGAUAUGAACUGCUCUUGCUGGCUAUAUGGGAAAUGUUGCUUGUUCCUCAGACGACAAAACCAAAGCUGGCCUAUCUCUUUUUCCUAAUUAAAACACAUUUUUGGUGUUUUAUAGUGGUGGUUGCAUAAACUGUAGUCUCUGCUCUAAGCCAUUUUAACGUCUCAUCAGCUAGUUAAGGAUUCCACAAUGUCCCAAUAUCCCAAAUUUUUUCUACGUAUGCGUUUUGUGGUGUUUGGUUCAGUGGGAAACUCUGACUGGCUAUUGAGCUCGCUUUCCUCCUGGUGGGGCACGCCAUCGUGGCAGAGGGGCUAUGUGUAUUCUUUUUGAACAGAAGAAUAAAUAAGCUCAUGUUUUUAAACUUUUCCCCCUGACAUGCAUCACUAAAAUUGGAAGUUAGCUAUUAAUUUCAGGUGCUGGACUCUCUAUGCCAAAAUUUCCUCAACAAAAUAACACUUCUGAGUUUCUUCCAGUGGCAUUCACAUAGCAAAUACAUGCUAUCAGUUGCAGUUUCCAGUAGCUUUACUGACUUACUGGAGUAUUGAAUUAGAAGGAAAAAAAACCCCUCUCUAUGUCAAUACCAUGUUAAAUUUUGAAAGUCUGAUGUACAUCUCUGAGGACUAAGGCUGGUGACCAAAAAGAAAGGAGCCCACUAGUGCUAAUUAAUGUGAAGCACGGCUGUGAUAUGUGUCAUUCAACAUAGCUUUCUUUUUAAUGUUCUGAGUUUCCAGUAACUGUUCACGUUGGUAGAAUCAACUUUACAGUUUUGUUAUAGCUUAAUAGUGGCAUGCCUUAACAUUUUCUCUUUCUGUAACAAUAGCAACUAAUAAAAUGUUGGAGGUUUCCCAGAUGGUACCAAGAACAAAUAAUUUAACCUCAGUUCAGGAGACCUUGAAUGUUCUCAAUGUUUUAUAUGCCUUUUCCGAUGCUGAGCGUGCUCAAGGUGCUGGGGGUGGGUUGUCUGAUGUCUGGAGGAGUUGGCAGAAAUUAAAUUGCUGAUACAGCAAAGACCUCUUUAUGUAGCUGAGUCAUCUGUCAGCCGCUGUGGUAAUUCAAUUUCUAUUCUUUUAAAAUUAGAUUGGAGUUAGGAAAAGCCAAUAUUAACACUUCAGUUGCUAACAAAAUAUGAAAGACACUAAUUUAACAAGGUUGACAAUUAGCCUAAUUUACAGUUGAUGAAUCACAUUUUGGUAUUAAGCAUUUGUACUUAUCGCUUCCCUCGGUUUACGCUUUCUUGGUAUUGCAGGAGGGAUACAGCCACUUAACUCAUGCCUGUAGCCGUAUGAAGGGUUAAAAUGGCUAGGUUUGUCAUUUUGAAAGGCCUGGUUGUACAGAAAUGAGGAGAGUGGAGAGGCAGACGCAGCCUUGUUGCAUCAGCUGCCUGGUUCACAGUGCCACCGUGUGGGAGCCUCUCGUAGCCUGCCUUCAAAGCCGGGAUAACUCGCUGUCUCCUUGCUUGGAGCAGCAUGGUUUCUUUUGUAUUGAAGGCUGUUGCUUGCUUUUAUUUUUGAAGGAGGUUCCUUGUUAUUGCCUGCCUCAGUAGUUAGCGUGGUGGUUUUUUCAAACUGCAAACCGUCCAGGCUCCUGCUGUGAAUCUCUCUCUGGUGUGUGAGCUUAAUUCCUUUCUGACAGGACAGACCUGUACCCACAGGACCUCCAUACGCAGCAAUUAAAGCAGUCACGAGGCCAAAACCUAGAACGCACAGUAUUUUUUAUUUAAGAGUGUGUUUGAUAGUUUAACUCAGAUUGUGAACCGAUACAGAGUUGUGGGUGCUUACUUUCCUUUUUUUAAUUGGGGCUUUAUCCACUAAAAGACUGUCGAGAGUUAUUCCUGGGGUUUGUUAGAUUUCCCUUUCACGUGCACUUUUUUAUUUCUUCAAACAAGUUGGGUUUUUUGCAAAGAACUUGUAGGCAGUUAAUUGACUUGUUUUAAAAAUGAUUUGAUUAGUGUAGGUACUGCAUGCAUAGAAAUGACUCAUUAAAAGUUUAAAGACGUUUUGUAAGAAGUAUUGAUGUGCAGGCACCGCAGCUGCACUGACAUGAUACCGCACCAGUUUUGAAGGAGCCAUAAUUGUCCAUUGUGUCAACUUGCAAACGAAUGGGUUUCCCACCAAAGUUGGCACAAUGGAUCAUGCAAUGACUGUCAUUCCAGUUUCCUGUCACUUGUCUGGAUUAUGCAAAUGCCGAGAGUCCAAAGGACCGUUUCCCUGGUAUAUCUGCGGUCGAUGUUUAUCUUGAAAUGGUUGCCUACACAAAGAGGAGGCUCCCAGUGGUCUCAUAAUACUGAGGGUCUAGUGUGAAGAUGAGAGAAGAACUGCAGUUAAGGCUGACCAUCGGUCCUCUGACUUUUAGCAGUGGGAUGAGGGGGUUUCUGAAUCUCCCAGCGUGAUCUUCACCGUCACACUGCAAUGCAAAGCUUCAUCCUGUCGGCUUCGCCACAGCCUUACCUUUAGUUUGGGAUCCUUUUCCUUAAUGUGUGCAUUCGUGUAGCCGUCUGAUGUCUCGGUUUUCUCACCGGUCAUCCUUGCUCCUCCCGCCGGGGCUCGCAUUGCUUGAGGAAGCGUAUGUAAGCAAGUGUGGAGCUGAUGAGGUACACGGUCGUUACGGAGGUGUCUGCCUGCUCCUCUGCCUUCUCCCAGGAGGAGGUGCUUUGGAUGAGGGUUGGCUGGGAGCCACGUUAAGGGAAUUUAUAACAGAUUCAGAAAUAUUUCCAACCCUUACGUACAUUAGGCUUUUUGUUUAUUUAUCCUUGACUAGGGAGGGAAGAAGGAGGGUGAAGAGACAGAAUCAAUGGUAACUUACCCAAAGUACAUAUAAGUUGUGUUGUAUUAAAAAAGAAAAGUUUGCAUCUGUUAUACCAGGGCUUCCCAACCUCUUUUUGAUAUGAGGUAUCUCUUUUUUUUUCUUUUCUUCAUAUGGGGAAACAUCCCAUUGAAUUUGUUUUGAUUGUUUUAUCUGGUUUUGUUCCCUUAAGCUAAAAUACCCGAGACCCUUUCCUGAAUUUCACUGUCUGCUAGUAAGGCCGUUGGUUGGGAAGCCCUGAAUUCAACUGAGAAUGUAACAGGUUUUUUUUUGUACAGUGCUUUACAUCUGUUUAUACUGGACUUGUUUAAUACAAAAUGGUACUCUGAGGUCAUUGGACAACAGUUUGACCAGAUUUGAUAGCUAACAUUUAGGAGGAGUUUGUUCCCUAUGUAAGAUGUCAUAAUGCAAAUUUAAAUAGACUCAAUAAAAUGCAUGAAGUGUU